AUACUCCUACAUACUCACAAAAUCCAGUGAUGUGUGAAAUUCUAGUGAGCGGCAAAAAAAUACACAACUCAGCAAUCCAGUGAGAGGCAAUCACUGAGCUUCCCCUCUUCAGCCCUUAGCUCCAUCUAGUGCUGCAGCUCUCUGGCUCUUGGAAGCCACAGCUCCGCCAGUCCACCUUUCAGCAAGUGCCACACCACCACCUCCAGCAAAAGCAUCAAAGACACAUUGCUCAGUGCCCGCUUUCUUUUUGGAGGUAGGUUGUUGACUCUACAAGGGAACUCAACAUGAGACUCACUCAUGCUACGAAGAAUGCUAUAUUACGAAUUUCUGAGUUCGCUGCAGCAGUUGUUGUUCUUCGUGCAACAUUGAAUUCUUUCUCUAGGAAGAAGGCACUGCUGAAAGACUCAGAAGUGCUGCUGUGGCUCUAUGGAUUGGAGUCAUGUGGUGCUAUUUCGACUGUUGAGAUUGAUUUGGAGUCGGUUGUAAACACAGGAGCAGAUAUCUUGGCUGGAGUAAGUGGUGUGGCAUGUGCUAGAGGUGGUGUGUAAAAACAAAGAGGAAAACCCCAGAAAAAAGACAUAAUUACGUUACAUGGAAUUACAAACAAUCCUAUAGCUAUGAAGUAUAUUACUGGAUGAUAAUAAUGACAUCCAUGAGUU